GUCACAGAGCAGUAGAACACACUCUGUCUCGUGCCUGUCAGUACUGACGUAGCGUCUGCUUGUCUUUUUUCCUUCUUUUCUUUUUAAAAAUAUCAAUGGGUAGCGAAAAAAUCAGAGACUAUGACAGCAUCACAUCUUUUCUUGGAUCUUGGGGGCCGUUUCAGCUAAGGAUCUUUUUAGCACUGGCCAUCAGCAUCAUCCCAAAUGGGUUCUUUGGCAGCUAUAUAGUAUUCAUAGGUGAUACCCCGCCUCACGAGUGCUCUAUCCCUGAGAACUACAACAUCAGUGAGAUGUGGAGGAAUGUGACCAUCCCACUGGAAACAGUAGAUGGCAUUGAAAAGCGUAGCUCUUGCUCAAGGCUUAACCUGGAAAUCGUCAGGAACUACUCUCAAAAUAAAAUCAUCCCAAAUGUGGAUGUGAAUGUGAGUGAGAUUCCUUUGGAGAGUUGUCGGGAUGGAUGGACAUACAGCAAAGAAACCUACCAGUCAACCAUUGUCACAGAGUGGGACUUGGUAUGUGAGAAUGCAUACAAAACUCCACUAGCCACCUCUAUUCAGUACGUUGGUGUACUAGUGGGGGCAUUUAUCACAGGCCAGAUGUCUGACAGGUUUGGAAGGAGGGUAUCACUCUUUCUCACGAUGGCUCUUCAGACUGUGGCGAUCACAGCACAGAUAUUUUCCCCAAACUGGGAGAUCUUCACCCUCAUUUUCUUCUUCGUGGGUGGAGGGGGAUACUCCAACUAUACCAUCGCAUUUGUGCUGGGUUCAGAAAUUCUAAGCACCAAAUCCAGAGUGGUCUUCUGCUCCCUUGGGGUUUUUAUGGGCUCUGCUUUGGGUUACAUGUUAAUGCCAGCUGUGGCUUACUUCCUCCGUGAUUGGCGGAUGCUGCUGAUUCCCAUGGCUGCCUCUGGCCUGAUCUACAUCCCUAUGUGGUGGUUAGUCCCAGAGUCCCCUCGCUGGCUGCUCUAUCAGGGGAGGAUGAAGGAGGCUGAGGCCAUACUGAGAGACGCUGCCAAGAUCAAUAACGUAGAGGCUCCAAAGGCCAUUUUUACAGAAGCUGAGAUAGAAGAUUCACUGGCUAUGAAAGACAAGAAAUACAACAUUUCAGUUAUCGUGAGCAGCUGCAAUAUGUUCUCUCUUAUAUUACUGAGUUCAUUUCUGUGGAUCAUCAUCACCAUUAGCUACUAUGCUUUAAUCCUCAACACUUCAAACCUGAACGGUGAUCCUUACCUAAACUGCUUCUUGUCUGCACUGGUAGAAGUGCCGGCUUACAUUGUUGCCUUGUUACUGCUCAAGUACUGCUCCAGGCACUUCUGCCAAUCUUCUACACUGUUCCUUGGAGGCUUCAUGAUCCUCUGUGUCCAUCUCAUCCCUAUGGAUUCACAGAGUGUGCCUGUGGUCCUUGAGAUACUGGGGAAAUUCGCCAUAACAUCUGCAUUUUGUGUGGUGUACUCCACCACAUCAGAGCUCUUCCCCACUGUUAUCCGAAAUACAGCAAUGGGGUGUUGUUCCAUGGCCGCUCGCAUUGGAACCAUCGUCUCCCCCUUUAUCAUUUAUCUGGGACGAUACAACAAGGCACUCCCGUAUAUACUGAUGGGAGGCUUUGCUAUUUGUGGUGCUGUCUUGUGUUUCCUGCUGCCAGAAACGUUUGGAAAGGCUUUGCCGGAGACCAUCUCACAAAUGCAGCUGAUAUGCGGGAAAAGACGGAGAAAAGAAAACAAAGCUGAAAAUGGAGAGAGCCCGGCUGAUUAUCAGAGUAAAGAAACAAAGCUGUAGUUAGUUAUGAUUAUGGAUUUUAUUUUCUAAAGCAUCUCAUUGACCUACCUGCUUACAGAAAUAUUUUGUUUUAUGUAAAAUUCUGAUUCAUGUUUUGUUGUUUGAAACGCCCUAUACUGCAACUUUAAUUUAUUGUGAAGCACAUUGUCACUCAAUUUUAAAAAGAUUGAUCGAAUUUUCACGACCAAAGAAACUUUUUUUUAAAUUAUUAUUAUUGCUAUUAUUACAACAGAGCACAUCAGUCCAGUUUUAGCUGCCCUGCACUAGCUUCCUAAAACUUUUUAAACUUAUUUCAUGGUCCUCCUUCCUAUAUACAAAGCCCUUAAUGUGCAAGAACCAAGCUACACUGCUAACUCCAUUGUUGAGUAUUUUCCUCCAAGAACACUGCGAUCAUCUGCUGCUGGUUUAUUGGAGCUCCCCAGCAACAGCCAAAAGAUAAUCAGGGAUGCGACCUUUGUCAGUUACACCCAACAGGUAUUUUCAGGAAGCCAGCCCAAAACAUAUUCUUAAAAGAAAGCUAAAACACAUCUACAGUCAGGUCCAUAAUUAUUUGGACAAUGAUACAGUUGUCGUCAUU